AUGGCUGCUCAACUGCGCUGCCGCUCGGUGCUCAUCACCGGCUCCAGCAGGGGCAUCGGGUUAGGGCUGGUCCGGGGCCUCCUGGCCGCCUCCCCCGCGCCCGACUUCGUCCUCGCCACCUGCCGCUUCCCGGAGAAGGCCCAGGAACUUCAACAACUCAGCAAGAAGUACAGCAACCUGAAACUUCUUCAGCUCGAUGUGGUUUCCGAAAGCAGCAUCAAGAAAGUGGUCCAAGAAGUGGAAGAUAUUGUCGGGGAGAAAGGGUUGAAUUGCUUGGUCAACAACGCCGGCAUCAACGUGGUGGCCACCCUGGAAGAAGUCACGGCCGAGACGAUGCUUAGCAUCUACGAGACGAACACGGUUGCCCAGCUGAUGGUCACCAAAGCUUUUCUCCCCCUGCUGAGGAAAGCUGCCCAGCAGAGCACUGGAAUGGGGUGCCACCGUGCGGCUAUUGUCAACAUGUCCUCAAUAUCGGCUUCCAUGGAGCUCGUCGAGGACAACGACUUCCGUAUGGUGUACCCGUACAGGAUAGCAAAGACGGCGCUGAAUAUGAUCACGAGGUGCCUGGCCGUGGAUCUGGAGCCGGAUGGGAUCCUUUGCGUCUCUCUGCAUCCAGGCUGGAUCGAAACGGAUAUGGGAGGAAGCCUGGCUCCCUUAAAAGUCCAGGAUGCCAUCCCCGGGAUCCUCUCCGUUCUGGUUCAUCUCAGUGAAAAAGACAAUGGAAGUUUCCUGAAUGGCCAAGGGGGGACCCUGCCCUGGUAG